GAAUCCUCUGGACGCCACCCUUUGAGAAUAUCGACAAUUCAGCUCUAACGGAGGGGAUUGUACGGCAUUUCUUCCUGUCAAUCGCCUGACCACAGCUCCAACUAUACAUCGCGAAGUUUGACUGUCCUUCUCCUCCGGUCCCAAUCGCAAUCGUAAUUCAAUUCGAUACGAUCCACCAUGGCUGCUCUCCGAUCUUCCUCUCGCCUUGUUGGCGCCUUCUCAAGGACUGCUGCUAUUCGCCCCGGCACUGUCUUCACUCGCUCUAUGGCCUCGGUCAGCGAACCUGCCAAGGAGCCCGAGUCCAAGUUGAAGUCCUUCCAGAUCUACCGAUGGAACCCCGAUACCCCCAGCGAGAAGCCCCGUCUUCAGACCUACACUCUGGACCUCAACAAGACUGGACCUAUGAUUCUCGAUGCUCUUAUCCGAAUCAAGAACGAGCUCGACCCUACUCUGACCUUCCGACGAAGUUGCCGUGAGGGUAUCUGCGGUAGCUGUGCCAUGAACAUCAACGGCCAGAACACCCUUGCCUGCUUGUGCCGUAUCCCUACCGAGGCUGCUUCCGACGUCAAGAUCUACCCUCUUCCUCACACCUACGUCGUCAAGGACCUUGUCCCUGAUCUGACACACUUCUACAAACAGUACAAGAGCAUCAAGCCUUACCUCCAGCGCGACACCCCGGCCGAAGACGGACGUGAAUACCGACAGACCAAGGAGGACCGACGCAAGCUCGACGGUCUUUAUGAGUGCAUUCUCUGCGCCUGCUGCUCUACUUCAUGCCCAUCUUACUGGUGGAACUCUGAGGAGUACCUCGGUCCUGCUAUCCUGCUCCAGUCUUACCGAUGGCUCGCCGAUUCUCGUGACCAGCGCACCGCCGAGCGAAAGCAGAACCUCGAGAACUCAAUGAGUCUGUACCGUUGCCACACUAUCCUUAACUGUACCCGAGCCUGCCCCAAGGGUCUCAACCCUGGUAAGGCGAUUGCCGAGAUCAAGAAGCAGAUGGCUUUCGGUAACUAGAGGAAGAAAAACAUAAGGUUGUUGUGAAAACGAAUGUAGUGAUUGGAGGCAUAAGCGAUCUGAAGGGUUAUCGCAGAUGAAAACUGCGAAUGAGAUUAUUAGGACUUUAACCCUGUGUAUAGGCUAGAUGAAAGGAGUUUCAUGCUGUGUUCUGAUGGCUAACUUGGCAAUAUUAUUUUCUUGAUCGUUCAC